GGGCGACGCGCUGCCGGAAGCGGGACUGGCAACCGUUAGGGGUGGGGCUGCGCUGCGUGCGCGCCCCGGAAGCGGAAGCCGGCACCCUUUCCGGGCGGCUGGUUCCAGGCCGUGUGUUGUCACCAGUGGUGCCUGUGAGAGAAGCAGCAGCAGAAGGGGUCAUGCCGUCUGAGGGUCGCUGCUGGAAGACCCUACAGGCGCUGCGCAGUUCCAACAAAGGUCGCCUCUGCUACCACCGCGAUUGGCUGCUGCGGGGCGAGGAUGUUUUGGAAGAAUGUAUGUCUCUUCCCAAGCUGUCUUCUUACUCUGGAUGGGUGGUAGAUAAUGUCCUAACCCAUCGGCAAGCACAAGAGAACCCCUCUCCCUCUGAGACGUCACCAUCUUCUGAAUCUACUUCAGCCACAGACCAACCCUUGCUUGUUCCCAUAUCUCCUGUCAGAAGCUCUGCCUUCUCAUCAGCAUCCCCUACAACACCAGAUGGAACCAAGGGCAAACAUGAGUCCCAGCACACAGAACCUAUGGCGCUUCAGUGUUCCCGUGGGGUCAGAGUAGAAGGCUGCAUCCGAAUGUAUGAAUUGGUUCAUAGAAUGAAAGGAACUGAGGGCCUGAGGCAGUGGCAGGAGGAGCAGGAAAGAAGGAUUCGAGCCUUCUCAGAGAUGGCAUCAGAGCAGCUGAAGCGGUUUGAUGAGCGGAAGGAACUGAAACAACAUAAGGAAUUCCAAGACUUACGGGAAGUGAUGGAGAAGAGCACCAGAGAAGCCCUGGGCCACCAGGAGAAGUUAAAAGCUGAGCAUCGCCACAGAGCCAAGAUUCUCAAUCUGAAGCUUCGGGAGGCAGAGCAGCAGCGCAUGAAGCAGGCAGAGCAGGAGCGGCUGCGGAAAGAGGAAGGUCAGGUCCGCCUGCAGAGACUCUACACCCUGCAGGAGGAGGUGCUACAGCUCAGCCAGCAGCUGGAUGCCUCUGACCAGCACAAGGACCUGCUGGUGGUCGACCUUGCUACCUUCCGGACCCGGGGUAACCAGCUGUGCAGCCUCAUCUCUGGGAUCAUUCGUGCCACUUCAGAGAGUGGCUACCCCACAGCAGAAAACCAAGCUGAGGCUGAGCAAGCCCUUCAAGAAAUGAGGGACCUCCUCACAAACUUGGGGCAGGAGAUCACCAGAGCCUGUGAGGACAAGAAGCAACAGGAUGAAGAGGAGGCCCAGGUCAAGCUGCAAGAAUCACAGAUGCAGCAAGGGUCAGGGGCCCAUGCACCGUCCCCUGCUCCCAGCCAGGGCCCAGGAUGGACACAGAAUGAAGACCUCCAGGUGAAGGUACAAGACAGUACAAUGCAGUGGUACCAGCAGCUGCAGGAUGCUUCUGCCCAGUGUGUGUUGGCCUUUGAGGGUCUGACCAACAGCAAAGAUAGUCAGACCAAAAAAAUAAAGAUGGACCUGCAGAAAGCUGCCACCAUCCCAGUGAGCCAAAUCUCCACCAUUGCAGGCUCAAAGCUGAAGGAGGUCUUUGACAAGAUCCACAGCCUUCUAUCUGGAAAGCCUGUGCAAUCUGGUGGGCGCUCUGUGUCUGUCACACUUAACCCACAAGGGUUGUACUUUGUCCAGUACAAACUGGCAGAGAAAUUUGUGAAACAAGGCGAGGAAGAAGUGGCCUCUCACCAUGAAGCAGCAUUUCCUAUUGCUGUGGUGGCGUCAGGGAUCUGGGAGCUCCACCCCAGAGUGGGGGACCUCAUUCUUGCUCAUCUCCACAAGAAGUGUCCUUACUCUGUUCCUUUCUACCCAGCUUUCAAGGAGGGGAUGGCUUUGGAGGACUAUCAGCGGAUGCUUGGCUACCAAGUGAAGGAUUCCAAGAUGGAACAGCAGGACAACUUUCUAAAACGCAUGUCUGGGAUGAUCCGUCUCUAUGCUGCCAUUAUCCAGCUCCGGUGGCCAUAUGGAAACCAACAAGUGACUCACCCUCACGGCUUAAAUCAUGGCUGGCGCUGGUUGGCACAGAUGUUAAACAUGGAACCUCUGUCAGAUGUGACAGCCACCCUCCUGUUUGACUUUUUGGAGGUGUGUGGAAAUGCCCUCAUGAAACAGUACCAGGUUCAGUUCUGGAAAGUGAUACUUCUCAUCAAAGAGGACUACUUCCCCAGAAUUGAAGCCAUCACAAGCUCGGGACAGAUGGGUUCUUUCAUACGUCUGAAGCAGUUCUUGGAGAAAUGUUUACAACGCAAGGAGAUUCCUGUCCCCAAGGGCUUUCUGACUUCCUCCUUCUGGCGCUCCUGAGACCACUGUGUCAUCCACCAUCACCAUUAUGUUGCAGAGAGGCAGUAAUAAAGCAACUGAAGACAGCUGAACUUGCGAGAAGUCAUGUUAGAUUUGAAAAUUUGUCAGUGUGUUUUUAUAUAUUUCUACCUUGUGACUAGUAGAGAAGUAGAGAAGAUCUCUCAUGGAUCACAAAAUCUUUGCCGUCUCUUAGCAGAUUCAGUAGCUCCUGAUGGUGCCCCAUGAUAAAGAAAUGGAAUCAGCCCUUCUGAUUUUUGCAAAAGUUAUGAAAAGAGGUUACAUCCUUUGCCACUCUUAUCUUUUCCUUUGUCUCUAGUAUGUUUCAGGAAGUUGGUGAUAUCUUAAUCAUUUCACUCUGAGCGGAAUCAAGCCCACCACUUUCACUCCCACUCCACUAUUCACAUGAAUUCCCACAAAAAGACUCUAAAUUCCCUUUAAAGUAUCACUUAAUGGUUGAGGCUAAUCCCUUACAUGCAAGUCUGGGUUACGGUGAUUUUUGCUUUCUCAGCUUGUGAGGUAAUUCUGAAUUCAGAGCAUAUGUGUAAUGUAGGCAUGAACUGAGUCCCAGAGUGAAUCAGAGUAGCUGGGUGUCUGGGUUGGGAGUGGAAACAUGGGGCUAUGAAAUGAACACUUUUUGUCUUCUUAAUUUGGAAUUUGGCCCCUGAAUGUUUGUGGAUGCAUGCUCUAGAGCAGGUGUUAUUUUUUUUUUUUCAGCCCAAAUUAAGUUGUGCUGAGAGCUGGGCAUAGUUGUGCACAUCUGUAAUCCCAGAACUUGGGUGGUUGAGUCAGGAAGAGUUUGAAGCUGGCCUGUGCUACAUAGCAAGUUCCAGGCCACCCUCAGAAACAUAGCAAGACCCUGUCUCAAAAAACAACAAUAACAAAAAAAGAAAAAACAAGAUUGGCUGAGAUGUGACUUGUAAGAUUGUACAUGAGCUGAGCAAUGAUUUGGGUUAAAUAGAAUGUUCAGGAGGAAUUAAGAAGUGCUUUAUAAUCAUUUUACAUGUUCUGAGUGAUGAUUGAUGACUAAUUUUCCUGACUAAAGCCACUGCAAAAUAUAGCUUGGCUAUUCAGCUAAAGGUUGAGAUUUCUUUUUCUAUGGAAAGAUGGUUUUCUUGUGUACUACAAAGACAGUGGCCACAUAUCUGUUCCUCUCUACUAAAUGCUUUGUGGAGGGCUGUGUUCACUGAUGUUCUUGAAUGGCUUGAAGCAACCCAUUCUAUGAAUUGUUGACUACUGUGCCAAAAAUCAGUAAUAAAGGUUGAUUUUUCAUAAAAACCCAUCGCUGAUCUAUAACUCAUUCAGCUCAUUCUUGAGCUCUAAGUCAUUUGGGGCACAGUAGUAUAGAAGUCCAGGAUAGAGUGAUAUGCUUUUAUUCUGUUGUCUUGACCUUCACCGUGAAGGUCUUUUUUGGAAUUAUAUACCAAAAACUGACUUAUUUUAUCUAGCAAGACAUGUGAGGGCCUGGGGUAGAGCUCUGUGGUAGAUCACUUGCUUGUCAUGUGUAGGCCCUGGUUUUGAUCCCCAGUGAUGUGAAAGUAUUCUAGUCUGUUAAUGCAAACAAUGAAGUGAACACGAGAGGAGUCAGGAGACCUGGACUUCAUUUACUUUUAGGUUUGUGUGGCCUGGAUAGGUCAUUUACUGCUCUGAACCUCAGUAUCUCCACCUCCAAAAGAAAAGAAUUGGAAUGGUCGCUGUAGGUUUCAAAUCGUGCUUGGUAGCAGUUCCUCAGGGCAGAACUUCCCUACUGCUGUGAUGGGCAUUCCCACCCCUUUAGCUUUUGGGGCUUCUCGACAGGGCCUGGAGUGAGUGGAGUCUUCACAACCAUUUGCCAGUUGCACUUUUUUCUAUGUAAGCCUUAAAAUGGAGUCAUUUUCCAAAUACCAUGCCAGGGGGCAGGUUGGGAAGCACUGACUUCAGGAGAAGAAGGGUGUUAAGUGGAUGGAACUCAGUCCUUGGUUACUCAGCAGAUGGAGGCUUUGUGCAAAUUUCCUUCUAGAUACUUCUACCCUCUGCUGGAAAAUUGGCCUGUUAUAACUGAAAAUCUAUGGUAUGAAGUAGUGAAACAGUGCCCACCUGUCAUGCUGCUCAUGUUUUGUGCAAGCAUUGAGCGGGACCCUGAUAGAGCUCUAGGAUCCCCUCUGCCACUGCAUUUUUGCUUUAUGUCUGCAUAUAUGGGGUUUUAUGUAAGAUUAGAAAUGGAGAAAUUUCCCUUUCAAAAAUAAAGCUGAAUGUGUUGGUGCACACCUGUAAUCCCAGCACUCCAAGGCAAAGGCAAGGAGGAUCACAAGAUCAAGGCCUUGGUGGGCUACAUAGUAAGAUUUUGUCUCCCAAAAAAAAGACAAAUAAAAUGUGAAACCAGGUAUGGUGGCUUGCACCUUUAGUCCAAGCUACUCAAGAGGCUAAGGCAAGAGAAUUGAUGGAGCCCAGGAGUUGGGCUGUUGUUGCCCAGGCAACAUACAACUCUUUUUCAUUGUUACUAUGUUUUUUAAGGUACUCCAGUCUGAUCUUGAAUUUGCAGUUCUUCCUGCCUCAGGCUCCUGAGUGUUGGGAUUACAGCAGUGUACCACCAUGUUCAGCAAGACCCUCAUCUCUUUAAAAAAAAAAAAAAA